UUUAUAUAAAAUUUUUUUUUGCAUUAGACGGAGGGAGAAGAACGCCACGCGUUUUUGGUUUUGUGUUGUUUUUAGUGCGUUUUAAACAGCUUUUUUUCUUUCUUUUAAUGUUUUGUUUUGUUGUUAUCGACUGUCAAAAUCAGCAAAAGAAUUUUUCCCAACGUGUAUUAAAAGUGGAUAUUUCUAAAUGUAUUUUUUCCUUUUUUUCCUUCCAAAAGAGUUGCGCAAUCGGGAAAAACGUAGCGCGACUAAAAACGUUUUCCAAGAAGAAAAAGAAACUUGAUCAAAACCAAAACAACUAUAACACUCAAACUUUUUAAUGAAAAGGGGGGAAGAUGGGGGAAGAAUUCUUUUAAGGGACAAGCAUUUUUGGAGACGUUGAAAAAAUUUUCUGAAAAUUUUUUCUGAAACCUCUCUGACAAAAUUCAAUCAUUAGUUAACCAGACUAGGACCCGGAUACUGAUUUUGGUAUUGUUACGACCCGAGGUGUGUCCGAGAUUUAACUAAUGUUGAGAGAGAUCAGUGACUAGCCCCACUAGUAUGAUCCCAAUAGAGUGACGAUUUCACUGGCUUUUAUAGUAAACUCUUUAAGGGCUGACGCCCAUACACAACAGGUAUCCGUAUCCGGAUAUUUACGGCAGAUACAGGCGGAUACAGACGGAUAUCCGCAACAUUUUAACAAUAUCUGUAUCCGUAUCCAUGUCAACUCGUUAGGUUAACCCCCCAAAAGUGCUUUAGUGCUUUAGAAACAUUGUAUUCCUUUAAAUUUCCUCGUCAUCAUUUUGUCCUUCAACUCAUAUUGCCUUAUUUUUUAUUCUCUCAUCUUCCUCAUCGCCCUUAUUAUUUUCCUCCUCUUCCAUUGAAGAAAGUACACACAUUCUUUUAAUAAAUAAAAACAACACCAACAAAAACCACCCAUUUACAUUCACAAAAAUUAUUUAUUUUUAUGUUA